CCAACGGUGGCGACGACACCAGCAGUGGCGGCGACACCAGCAGUGGCGGCGACACCAGCAGUGGCGGCGACACCAGCAAUGAUUGCGCCCACAGUCCAGUGGCAAUGGAUUGUGGUAGCAUUGAUGGCAACAGCGGCAAUGGUGGCAGCAACGGUGGUGAUGGCGGCAGCAACGGUAGCAGCGGUGUGGACGUGGCAGCGAUUCUGGAGGAGCACAACAAGGCGCGGCAGGAAGUGGGAGUGCCGGACCUCGCAUGGGACGAGGGAGUGGCACUCGCAGCGCAGCAGUGGGCAGCUGAGCUCGCUUCCAGUGGAUGCAACCUGGAGCACGGAGGGGCUGACGGACUCGGGCAGAACCUGUACUGGAAGGCGCCUGUGCAGCUGAACAGUGCUGAGGACCGGGCGGCAGUACAGUCGUGCGUGGCAGAGAAGGAGGACUGGACGUACAGUGCCGUGCCGGAGGGGUGUGCGGAUGGCAAGCAGUGCGGGCACUACACACAGGUGGUGUGGCGGGAUACCACGCAUGUUGGGUGCGCUGCUGCCCAGUGCGCGGAUGGGGGGGGCAUUUGUGUGUGUGACUAUUGGCCGCAGGGGAACAUGAUUGGGUCCACUCCCUACUAGGCAUUUCAUGCGAUGAGGGGAGGAUGGAGAGCUGCUCUCACUAGCCUUGUGAGAGACGCAUGGAAGAGGGUGAUGCAUGGCGAUAAAUAAUAAAGGGGCGUGGAAGUGAGACUGUCCCUACCUGCUGUCGCACCUAUUGUUUUGUUAUGUUUCUGGGUUUGAUGAGUCUAGUAGACGUGUUUUUUGUUGGUAACUUCAUGAGCUAGCGAUAUGUUUCUCCGUACCAACAAUCCGU